AUGAUUCCUGAUAUUCUGCAAGUGGAUAUGAGCACUGAUGAGGCAUCACUAGAUAAAGCUAGUAAAAUUAUUAUGUGGCCCAUUCAAAUUAGAAUUGUAAAUAUUCCUAAAAGUGCUCCAGAGAUUGUUGGUAUUUUUAAAGGUGAGAAAAAGCCAACAGAUGCUACACUGUUUUUUCAGCUCGUUGUCGAUGACUUUAAUAGAAUUUCUGAAACUGGUAUAGAUUUUCAGGGCAAAACUAAAUUUUUGAAAUUCCGAUGUUUUAUUGCUGAUACACCUGCGCGAUCUUUUUCAUUAGGUCACUGUGGAUAUAAUUCUAAAGCUCCAUGUUCCAGAUGCUGGGUUAGAGGAGAGUUUAUUCGUCCAGGAGUAAUGGUUUAUCGUGGUUUUGAUCAUGCUCGUCGUACGCAGGAUGAGUAUUUAUUGCAAGUGGAUACGGAUCAUCAGCAGAACAGUUCAUACAAAUAUUUGUUGAUAGAGCAUCAGAUGUUAAGAGCAUUGAAUUUCUUUCAUAGAACACCCAUGUUUUGUUACAUCUUGCUGAGGUUGUGA